CACAAAAAAUGCAAACAAUACGUGCACCUCCAAUCAUCACGAUCAACAAGUCUGCAGCAUAUGCACUCUACGAAUUAACAUACAUAAGGUACGCAUUCUUCAGGAUGUAUCAUACAAACCUAUGGAGUUCUAUGUUAAAACACGCAAAUGUAGAUCUGAUGCUACUGAAAAAGUUGUUAAAUUUUGUGAAAGGUUACGGGAUGAACGUGGUCAUAUCAUUGAGCAUACGCAGCCAAUUUGUUGUCCUUGUGGGCCACAACAUCGAGUUCCUUCCUCUUGCGGCAACUUCUUUGAUGCACUGAUGAAAGGAAAGGCCAAUACUGCUCAUUGUCUACGAUUUCCAGGUGAAUGGUUCCAUGUUUUUGGCAUUGGAAAGCGAUCACUUGGCUUUAAUGUUCACAUCCAGGUGAAAAAAGGAUCUUCUAUUUCGGAGGUCAUUGUCGGUCCUGAAAAUAGGACAGUAUUAUCUGCGGACAACUUUCUGAGAGUCAAUCUUGUUGGUGACUUUGUUGGCUAUACAAGUAUUCCAUCAUUUGAGGAUUUCUAUCUAGUAACUCCUCGAUUGGUGGCUGCAGGUCAACCACAAAGUUUUGGGAAUAACUAUUCUAAAUGGAUGCUGUUGGAGAGAGUAAGAUUUACACUAGACGGUCUUGAAUGUAACAAGAUUGGUGUUAGUUAUGAAGCGUAUAGGGGCCAACCAAACUUUUGUUCAUCACCAUUUUGGAGUUGCUUGCAUAAUCAGUUAUCGGAUUUUUGGGAGGCUGACCAAAAUCGGAUAAGCAGGAGGCAGCCACCACAAUAUGUCGUUGAAGGAAGAUUCGAAAGAGUCAAUCAACAUCCAAAUGCAGGAAUAAAUUCAUUUUCAGUAGGGAUCACAGAAGUUCUUAAUACCAAUCUACUGAUAGAAUUGAGUGCUGAUGACAUACAAUAUGUCUAUCAAAGAAGUCCUGGAAAGAUCGUAAGCAUAAAUAUCCCAACAUUUGAAGCUCUUACACAAUUUGGUACUGCUACAGUAGCAACCAAGAACACUGGUAAAUUAGAAGCAUCAUAUAGCCUAACGUUUGACUGCCUGAGGGGCGUUAACUAUAUGGAGGAACAAUUCUAUAUAAUGAAACCAGAGGAGGUUAUUGUUCGCUCAUUUUACCUAUACCCAACAACGGAUCAAGCUGGGAAGUAUGAAUGUGCUGCUAUCUUAAAGGCUUCUGAUUUUAGUGAAGUUGAUCGAGCAGAGUGCCAAUUCACAACUACAGCAACUAUUCUUGAUAAUGGAACUCAGAUUGUCACUACAGAUGAAGCGGGGAAGAGUGGCUUACAUGGAUUUUUCGAAUCUAUCAAAAGGAUGCUGAAAACAGUAUGGGAUGCUGUAGUUGAUUUCUUUACAGGUAAAACAUGUAGAAAUAAAUGUUCGAGCUUCUUUGAUAUCACUUGCCACAUACAGUAUAUAUGUGUGAGUUGGAUUUUGCUCUUUGGAUUACUCUUGGCAAUCUUUCCCGCAGUGACUGUCCUGCUAUGGUUAUUGCAUCAAAAAGGGUUCUUUGAUCCUCUUUAUGAUUGGUGGGAUGAUCUAUCUGGUGGAGACCAAAGAAAGAGAACCCGUCGAAUACAUGGGAAAGGUGUUAAACGAUCUCAUACUCGUAAUCUUCAAGAUGACUAUGACAUUCAUUACAACAACAGAAACCAUCCUUCCCAUAUGCAAAAAAAGCGAAGAAGUAGCAGUAACACACACCAUCAUGCUCUUCAAAAACAUUCAAAUGCUGAUUUGAUUCUGAACGACCAACAUCAACAUAAGCAUGUAAGCCAUCAGCAUGCUCAUAGACAGAGGCACAGGCAUAAAAAUAGCAGGGGCUGCUCGCAAGGCUACAAGUCAGAAACCGGUGCUAGGCGAGAGACACAGAAAACAGGGAGGAAACGUGAAGCACGGCAAUCAGGUUAUGAGUAUUCCAAGCAGAAGUAUGGAGAUUUUGAUGAUCGUUAUGAAGUUGACUGAUUCAUGCUUCAGUAUUCUCAUUGUAGUAGGAUUACUUGACACAAUCCCUUAAAUAUUAUUCCUCAAAUAAAAUUUGUAUCUAAUAUGCUAGUGAAAAGAUGACCAUUUCUACUUUCCAUGCAUACGCGAGUCAAAAUUUGUUCUCUGGGAUGUGUGGAUUUUCA